AUGGCGGCGGCCGGAGCCGUGACGACGGUGGCGGCCAGUUAUGUUCCUCGAACCCGCGAUUCUUUCCUCCAUCUCCUCUCCAAAGCCGUCACUCUCUCUCACCUCACCGAGCUCCACGCGCAGCUCCUUCACAAUGGUUUCCAGAGCGACAUUGCUACAACGACAAAGCUCACUCACCGUCUCUUCGAUUUCAGCGCCGUCCACCACGCUCGCUCGCUCUUCUUCAGCUUCCCGGAACCCGACAGGUUUCUAUGCAACGUUCUCGUCAAGGGAUUGGCGAGCAACGAGUCUCCGAGAUCCGCGAUUGCGGCGUUCAAACGUUUGAGGGAGAGAAAAAGUAUCGAUCUUGGACCUGAUAACUUCACUUACGCCUUCGUCAUUCCGGCGGCGGCGAGUGUUGGGGAUGUGAAGGUUGGUAUUUCGUUGCACGGGCAGGUGAUAGUUGGCGGGUUUUGUUCGGAUUUGUUUAUUGGGUCUGCGCUUAUAGAUUUGUAUUUCAAGCUCGGGCGGGAUGAUAUGGCAAGGAAGGUGUUCGAUGAAAUGCCUGAGAGAGAUGCAGUUCUGUGUAACACGAUGGUGUCAGGCUUGGGGAGAAGCUCUCGUUUCGAAGAUUCCAUAGGGAUUUUCAGGCGGAUGGUUUCUGGCGAUGGACCUAAGGUUGACUGCACCAGGGAAAAAGUUAAUCCAAGCACUAUUGUGGGAUUGAUCCCAGUCCAUUCUCCAUUUGGUCACUUGCUUCUUACUAAUUGCAUUCAUGAUUUCAGCAUCAAAUCAGGCAUGGUCUCCCACCCAUCUGUUUCAACUGCAUUGACCACAAUCUACAUUAGAUUAAACGAGAUGGACUCUGCUCGAAGAACUUUUGACGAAUCAUCAGAGAAAACUUUAGCUUCUUGGAAUGCGAUGAUUUCAGGUUACGCUCAGAAUGGUUUGACAGAAGCAGCAGUUUCUCUCUUCCAAGAGAUGCAAAUGUCUAAUGUCAGUCCUAAUCCUGUCACCAUCACAAGUAUUCUCUCAGCUUGUGCCCAGCUUGGAGCAUUGAGUCUUGGCCAGUGGGUUCAUGGUUUGAUUAAGAGCAACAAAUUUGACUCAAACAUCUAUGUCUCAACUGCUCUAAUCGACAUGUAUGCAAAGUGUGGCAGCAUUGUGGAGGCUCGGAGGUUAUUCGAAUCGAUACCGAAUAAAAACGAUGUGACUUGGAAUGCGAUGAUUUCUGGGUAUGGCCUCCAUGGACAUGGGCAGGAAGCACUGAAGCUUUUCCAUGAGAUGGUGAGCUCUGGCACUCCCUUAACCCGGAUAACUUUCCUCUCCAUACUACACGCUUGCAGUCAUUCCGGUUUGGUAAAAGAAGGAGAACAGAUUUUCAAGUCAAUGAAACGUGACCAUGGAUUUGAACCGAUAUCAGAGCAUAAUGCUUGCAUGGUUGACAUUCUCGGGCGAGCUGGAAAGUUGAAGGAAGCAUUGGACUUCAUAGAGGGGAUCCCAGGGGACCCUGGAACUCCAAUAUGGUCAACAUUACUCGGCGCUUGCAUGGUCCAUAAAGAUACUAAUGUAGCCCGUAUGGCUUCUGAGAAGCUCUUCGAAUCGGAUCCGGGAAAUAUGGGAUACUACGUUCUGAUGUCAAAUAUAUACUCGUCUGAUAAGAACUACCCAGGAGCUGCAUUUGUUAGGCAAGUAGCUAAGAAGAGAAACCUCUCAAAGACUCCAGGAUGUACUCUGAUUGAGAUUCAUCAGAAACCUCAUGUAUUCAAGGCGGGCGACUGGUCUCAUCCACUAUCGAGAGCUAUAUAUGCAGAGCUCGAGAGAUUGAAUGGAAAGAUGAAGGAAGCAGGGUAUCAGGCAGAGACUAUGACUUCAUUGCAUGAUGUGGAGGAGGAAGAGAAGGAGUUGAUGGUGAAUGUUCACAGUGAGAAGCUAGCCAUUGCUUUUGGUCUAUUAUCUACUGAGCCUGGAACUGAGAUAAGGAUCUUCAAGAACCUCCGCAUUUGUCUGGACUGCCAUACUGCGUCAAAGUAUAUAUCUAGGGUUACUCAGAGAGUUAUCGUCGCAAGGGAUGCCAAUCGAUUUCAUCGUUUCGAGGAUGGUGUGUGUUCUUGUGGAGAUUACUGGUGA